AAUCAGCUGUUUGAAACAACAAGUGAACAUUUUGGUUUGUGUCAAAUGUCAAAAUUUGAGUGUGAUUUGAGUUAAACAAAAUUUACAAUAAUGUUGAUUCAAUUAUCAAAUAAAAAUCUUUGCAAUAUAAUAUGGAACUUGCUAAAUGUUUUUGUAGGUUAUGUUUGAAUUAUAAAUAAUUUAAAACGAAAAAUGACAAUUGACAGGUAGUUGUUUAUUGAAAUCAAUAAAAAUCUAAUGAGAAUGAGGUAAAAUAAGAGAAAAAAGAAUAUUUUUGGUAUAUUAAAUUAACAAAAAUGGCUGCUAAGGUUUAUCAAUCUGAUCAAGAACUUGAAACCAAAGUUAAGAAAGCAACAGAGCGAAUUUCUGAGAAUAUGCACAUCGUUGCAAAUGAACCAUCACUUGCAUUCUAUAGAUUACAGGAGCAUGUUAGAAAAGCAUUGCCACCAAUGGUUGAAAAAAGAGUUGAAGUUCUUGCACUUCGAAAUCAACUUCAGGGUCGAUGUUACGAUGUUGAAUAUGCAGUAAGUGCAAUAAAAAGUGUUCAAGAUGCUGAUAAAAGUUUUGAUAAUACAAUUGAAUUCAUCAAAAAUGCAAUGUUUUAUAAACAACAAUUAAAAUAUGAGGAGCAACGAAAAAAUAAAAAGGAAGGCAAUAGAGAUUCUGUUUAUAAAAGACUAUCAGCACAUAUUCCCACAUUAGAUCAUUUAAUGCCUGAUGAAUUAUCCGAUGUUGUUAGAGAAAGUGUCAAUCGAGUUGAAUCAAUGAUGAAUCAUGCAAUGCAUUCUAAUGAUUCUCAAAAGGCGAAUAAUUAGUUUUUUUUUUAUGUAAAUAUAUAAUAUAGAAAUUAUUUAAAAACAAUAGUCUAUUAAAAAUUUAUUCAAUUAAAAAAAAAAAAAAAAAAAAAAAAUGA